GUUCCUGUCCAAAUUGUGGUUUGCAAUAUAGUUGCCGUUACAAGCCACCAAGUUGUUCAGGAUGCAAUUUUGAGCUUGGAGGAUCAUAUGUCCCUAAAAAAAAGCCUCGUCCAUUGGUGCCUAAGUGUACCUUUGUGGUGCAGCCAUCAGACGGGUUAUCAAUCUACUCGGUUAAUACCAGUACCCAUGAUGAUCGAUGUAUUGUGGUUCGUGAAGAGGCUUCAUCUAUGUGUCAGCAUCACCUGUGUAAACAGAAUAGAGCCAUUCAUAUUAACAGCCAAAAAGUGGCAAGCUUUAGUUGUCAGCAUUUAGAAUCCACCAGAGAUUGUACAACUCCUCUUCAGACAUUCAAUGGGAUAUCAGAUGAGGUCAUUUCCAGUUAUCUCUGUGAUGAUGAAACAAAAAAAAACCCUGGCAGAAGUGGCAAAUGCAUCAAAGGCACAGUCAUUUCCAGUUGUUGUGCAUGUUUCUCCAACUAUGUAUUGCGUCUUUGGAAUGGCAACCACAAACAAGACUGUUGGAUAUUGCCAUGUCAAGGUAACUGAAAAGGAAAUUAAAUGCUGUUCCAAAGACUGCAAAGGUAUGUUGAAGAGCAAGCAGCAAAAGUCCCGAAAAGUUUGCACCCACAUCCAUCUUUUAUUGGCUCUUGGCAUUUUUACACACAACGAAUGUGUGUCAGCAGACCUUCCCCCCCCAAUAGUGCCAGACAGUUCCUUGACAACAAUUGACAGAAGGGGGAGCAAGUCUCGCAAGGCAACCAUGGGACUUAAAAUGAAGUUAAAGUUGCCAUAUGUCAUUCCAAAACCCAUUAUUCAGGCAGCAGGUAAAAUGGAUUUUUCCGGGUGGCCAGAGCAGUUUGAACCAGACCAAACUUUGUGUGAUUUGUGUAAAAGUCCUCUUGGUCAGUCCAAGCCACACCCAAAUGAACGUGGGCGAUCAAUCAUAAUGACCAAUGGAUGUCCAUUCAAAACAGUCAAAAUGCUAGUCAAAGAUUGCUCAUGUUGCUUUGCUAUGCACCAAGUGUUUCCCUACACAUUAGGUCUGUUUAAUAUUAGUGACAAGGUUCUGGUGGCACUUGAAAUUCUAUUAGACUUCCGAGAAUUGUUCAAAAGAGGAGUGCCAAUUUCUGUAGCCAUAAAAAGUAAAUUAGCUGUGAUGGUCCUGAAAGUUGAGGAAUCGCCAACAGAAAAUGAGUUGGAAAGUAUUGCUACACAUUUGUACAAUGGGUUUUAUUGCUUUGAGGCAAUAACUGAACGCAAUAUGGAUUCAGGUGUUUGUGGAAUUUGUGGUACUGUUGGUGAAGUGUAUUUUGGGGAUAGGAAUGAAAAAAAUUGCUGCAGCAUUAGCGAGAUUGAUUACUCACCACUACAAGAUAUAGAUUGUGAAGAAGAUGAUCCUAUUUCCUUUGAGAUUUUCUUGGAGAAAUUAAAAUACAAUUUGGGGAAAAAAAGUGCUUUUCUCAAGCAAUAUGGCAAACCUAAUAAAGGUGAUCCAGCUCUUUUGCAUCAUUGGAUAUCCACUCAAGUAGUUGACAUGAACACAAUUGAGCAAUGCAGUGUCGAGAAGCUAAAAGAACUUUGUCAUUUGUGUAAUAUAGCAAUUUCAGGCAAAUCAAAGGCAAGAAUGCUCAUUGAUUUGCGGUCAUUGUAUGAAACCUUGCUGGUUGGUUCAUGUCCUUGCCAUGGCUUCACAAAAGUGCCAGGGCAUACUGGUGGUUUCUACCACAUUGUUUGUCGCCAUGGCGUAACCGCAGCUUCAAAGUUUCUGACUUUACAGGAGUCAGUAAGACAUGCUGCCGAUCUCUAUUUAUCAUUUAAGCAUAUUCCUCUUGUUUUUCUUUGCGACACGGCUUGUGGGUUUGUCAGGCACUUAGAGUGCCGGGUCAGUAAAGAAAUGACCGAACAGCUAUGGAAAGAUAACAGAAGGUGUUUUGAGGUACCAUCGUUGGAUAAACCACCAUCAAAGGAAAUGAGUGUCCCUAUGCUGACAACAGCAGAAUACAGAAAAAGUGACAAUGAUAUGAUACAGGUGGAGGAUGGUAGCAUGAUUCAUCCAUUGACAGGCACAUCCAGGAGAUAUGUUUUAGGUGACAGAUUUCACACAGCAAGCAAUCCUCACAAGUCACCCCUUUGUGAAUAUCACAACAUAAAUCUUUUGUCUCAGUCGAACACGAUAAAAACAAGCUAUCAAGAGUCCGAAAACAACCGAAAGAAUGUGCGACGGUUACGAAGCUCGAUAAUGCAAAAUUUUUCCACACACUAUUUUCAUAACUUUUUGAUGGAUUUCUAUCAAAAUGAGGAAAUAGUAAAAAAGCAACACGACGUAGCUUCGAGACAGCUAAGACCUGGGCAGAUGUUAUGCAGGAAUUCAUAUAUGCAAUUUGUGAUAAAAGAUGGUGAAAAAUAA